AUGAUACUCGGCUCUGCAGAAGAAACCGUUAAUGAGGACGAACCAUAUAUUUCUGACGACCCGUCUGCAUCGUCGAAUCCGUUCUACAAUACAGUUCCACCGGGAUGUUUCUGGCCAUCGCUAAUCGUCGCGAUUUUGGCACCUGUCCUCUUGUAUUUACUCUGCCGAAUCAGCCCCGAUCUCUUCAGCUAUAGCCUCGACUCUCGCCGCAGACAAGGCCGCUGCAACCGCCCUCAAAGUCAAGGGCAAUCAGGCCUUGCGCAACAUGACUGGCCCUCUACUAUCGACUAUUACACCAAGGCGAUAGAAAAGCAUGACGCAGGCCCGUCGUUGUAUUGCAACCAAGCGCAGGCCAACAUCAAGCUUGAAGCCUACGGCUAUGCCAUCGCUGACGCUACCAAAGCGAUCGAACUCGACAUGUCUGGCCUGAGCUUAGUGUCCAGUGUCACCUGGGUGUUGGUGACGCAGAGCCUGGGUGCGCUCGGUUCGGUCGGCACUCAACAGGCAAAGAACGUCUACGGCGCGGGCAAAGUCUUCACGACCGUCUCGACGCCCAAAGUCCCCCUCGUCGAGACCUACACACCGAGCAUCGUUGACAAGGUCAUCGACUACUUUCAGGAAAGACUAGGUCUGAUCACAGCCAUAACCCAAGCUGUACUCACCGUGAGCAGCAACUAUGAUCACCUGUGCAUUCAGCGAAAAGAAGCAGGCAAGUCCGAUUGA